AUGCUCUUCGGGCGUUUUCUGCUCAUUAUUAUUUUCCUUUCGACAUUCAUAUUUGCUGCUAAUACAACAACAAAUAAUAAUCAUCAUUUGAUAUCAUCACCGACAAUUACAAAUGUAAAAUCAUAUGAAAAGACUAAUUUAUUUUCUAUACCGAUCCAAUCAUCAUCAUCAUCAUCAGCAGCAGCAGCAAAUAAAAAUGAAUGUCAAGUACCAUGUUCAAUUGACUAUUGCUUAAAAUAUCAAUUAAUUAAUAAGAACUGUUCUAAACUAAUACGGGAUCCAUGUGACUGUUGUACAGUAUGCCUUCGUACAGAAAAUCAAGUGUGUGGUGGUCAUCUUAAUGUUUAUGGUCUAUGUGAACAAGAUUUAUUAUGCUAUAAAUCAAAUAAAACUAUAAAUAAUUUUGAUGAACCAACUGGCAUAUGCGUUAAAGCAUGUUUAAAAUUCCAAUGUUUAUCUAUUAUGAUAAAUAAUACAACAACAUGUGAAUGUUCAAAUCGACGUGUACCUUGUAAAAAUGAAUUUUCUCAAAAUAUAGUUAAUGAUAAUAAGACAUAUCAUGAUUGUAUGCAAGAAUCAAUAUCUCAACAAAAACGAGAAUUAAGCUCGUUAAAAGCACAUGAUGCUAAUGAUGUAAUUGAUUGUUCAAAUAUUAUUUGUAAAAAUCAAUCUAAUAAUUCAUCAAUCUGUCCAUUGGAUAGUCAUUUUAUUGAAGAUCAUGUUCCUCUAUUACAAACAUCAUCUUCAUCGAAGAAUCUUUCAUUAAUCUGUUGUCAACCUCGUGGACAAUGUAUUUGUUCAUUAUGUCCAAAAACUAUAUGUGGAGAAAAUUCAAUUAUUCAAAUAUAUCGCACAGGAAAUCCAAAUAUUCCUGGUCAAUGUUGUGAUCAAUUUAGUUGCAUUAAGAAUUCAAAACAAUGUUAUCAUGAUAAAAAGAUUUAUAGUGAAAAUGAAACUUGGUCUGUUGAUCAUUGUACAACAUGUACAUGUCGAGAAGGACUUGUUGAUUGUACAAUGGUACAAUGUCCAACAUAUACACAUUGUGGAUAUAUGUAUAAGCCAGAAAAUGAAUGUUGUCCAAAAUGUGGAGGUUGUUUAAAUGAUCGUCUACAUGUACAACAUAUGAAUUCAACUUGGAUUGAAUCAAAUGGAUGUAUGAGAUGCUGGUGUGAAGAAGGUCGAUCACGUUGUAUUGCAGACGGAUGUAUAGCUCCACCAUGUGAAAAUCCACGUCAAAUAGAAAAUGUUUGCUGUCCAGUUUGUGAUGAUUUUGAAGAUCAAAAUCGAAAGAUACAUAAUAUUGAUUCACGUCUUUCAUCACAAUCACCAUUAACAACAAAUAAAUGUCCUCUACUUGAAAAAUGUUUAUUAGAAUGUGAACAUGGUCUAGCUAAAGAUGAACAAGGUUGUUUAUUAUGUGCUUGUUCUACCAUGUCAUGUCCAUCACCAUUAUGUACAUUGAAAUUUGAUCGUUUAUUAAAACAAUAUUGUUCAUGUAUAUCACCAAAUGAUCUUAAUUGUGGACAAUUAAAUUGUGAUAAACAUUGUCCAUAUAAUUAUCUAAUUAAUAAAAUAACUGGUUGUCUAACAUGUGAAUGUAAUCCAUGUCCAACAUUGACUUGUACAAAAAAUUGUACUUAUGGAUUAAGACAAAAUGAAGUUGGUUGUCCAAUAUGUGUUUGUGAAAGUAAUAUUAUAAUACAUAAUGAUACAUUAAAUACAGAUCUUCUAAUACGUUCACGAUUUCGACAAUGUUAUUCAGGACAAUUUUCUUAUUCAAAUGGUGAAAUAUGGUUUGAUGGUUGUCGUCAAUGUUUAUGUCAUAAAGGAGAACCAUUAUGUGCACUUAUAUCAUGUCCAACUCCUACAUGUUCACAUCCAAUUAUUUUACCUAAUCGUUGUUGCCCUUCAUGUCCAGAAAUUACAAUGUUACCUGAACCUAUACCAUCAUCUCAAGUAUGUUAUGCCAGUCAAUAUGUCACUGGUGAAGAACUUGAAUUUGAUAAAUGUACAAAAUGUAUAUGUUUACAUAACAUUGCAUUUUGUAGUAUAUCAUUAUGUCCUCCACUUAGUUGUUCAUCUCCAAUAAAUGAUUCAUCUCUAUGUUGUCCAAUAUGUCCAUCGAAAUCAUCCGAAUUACAACCAAUAACUGAUUUAUCAACUGUAGAUGAAGAUAUUUGUUUACUUGAAAAUGGUAUAAUAAAACCUGUUGGAGAAUGGUGGAAACAUAAUGAUUGUCAAUCAUGUCUUUGUCCACGUGGUGGUGGUGGACAAGUUCAAUGUUUUUCACAAACUUGUGAUCAAAAUUUACCAUGUUCAAAUCCAGUACUUAAAAAAGGUCAAUGUUGUCCAUUUUGUCUUCCACCAACAGCUGCUGUAUCUGUUUGUAUUUUUAAUUAUGUUCAAUAUCGUUCGGGUGAACAUUGGAAUGUUAGCGAUUGUCAUCGUUGUAAAUGUUUAUAUGGUACAAUUGUAUGUCAUCAACAUCAAUGUCCAUCAUUAACUUGUGUACAUGCUGUUACAUUAUCAGGUCAUUGUUGCCCUAUUUGUCGGGAUCAAUUACCUUUUCUAAAUGAUCAAGACAAACGUAUGUAUUUAAUGAGAAGAAAAAAGAUUAUUCAUAUUAUUUGA